AUGGCCAUCUACCGAACGCGGGCACUUGGAAGGUUGGUCCCGGGCUUCCAAGCAAGAGGAAGCGUCCGCGGGAUUGUGCGGUGUCACCCGACGUGCCCCGCGCGCAGACCAAGCGAGGCGCGGGCGCCGGACUCAGUCCCGCCGCACAGCCGCAGGCGACCCGCCGCGCUGGCUGCUACGGGCCCCGGAGCCUGCGGGCGCUACCAGGGCGAGCUCCGGACGCCUUGGCCGAGGGGCGCGCCCUGCUGGCUGUCGCGCGAUUCCAUUGGGUCGCAAGGUCGGAGGCGGGGCCUCCGCUGCCAGCCGCGCCUCCAGCAUGCUGGAUACUGGCCACUGCUGGGACGUGGCGCGGAGCGGAGCGUCCGGGAGCAGCUGGAGGCGGGCUGCCGGGAGGAGGUGGCCCUUGCCGGCGAGUUCAGCGUGAGCGGGCGAGAGCGGACCGCCAGACGAUCUGGUUCCUCUUUUCCUUCUCCUUCCCCUGGUCUGCUUGGUGUGCCUCCCAACCAGGACAUCCAGGCCUGCUUAGCCACAUGGAAGACUGAGCCUGUGCAUUCCACCCAGGCUGGCAGUCGGCCAGGGAAUGUGAGGAAAAACCACCACAAAGAUGUGCUUCCAAAUGAUCAGGCACCAGUGGUCCUGUCCCUGCUCCAGGAGGAGGGACACGGCCACUACAUCAAUGGCAACUUCAUCCAAGGAGCAGACGGAAGCCGGGCCUAUAUUACCACACAGGGACCCCUGCCUCACACCUUGCUAGACUUCUGGCGCCCGGUCUGGGAGUUUCGUGUCUCCGUGAUCCUGAAGGCAUGUCGAGAUAUGGAGAAUGGGCAGAAAAAGUGUGAGCAUUACUGGGACCAAGAACAGGAACCACUACAGAUUGGACUAUUCUUCACCGUGCUGACAAGGGAGACAUGGCUGAACACAGACAUCAUACUCAGGGCACUUUAGGUCACCUUUCAGAAGGAAUGCCGAUCUGUGUACCAGCUGCAAUAUAUGUCCUGGCCAGACAGAGGAGUCACUAGCAAUCCUGAACAUGUGCUCACCAUGGCAGAGGAAGCCCAUCACCUCCAGGGAUAUGGCCCCAGGCCCGUCUGUGUCCACUGCAGUGCAGGUUGUGGGUGAACAGGUGUCCCGUGCACUGUGGAUUAUGGCCACCAGGUCCUGCUCAUGUGUCCUCUUUAUCUCCACAUGAUCCCACCUAACUGCAGCCUCUUCAGCGUGGUCCUGGAGAUGAGAAAGCAGCGGCCUGUAGCUGUGCAGACAAAGGAGGAGUACAGGAAUAGGAACCUGGUGGUUCAGAUGUUCUUCUCAGCACUCCACACCUCCAGCCCCCUUUACCAGAACUUCAAGGAGGUACCAAGGCCUCCUGCCUACUGUCUUCCUGUCCACCAUCAAACACCCUCAGAGACUAGGACCAGAGCAGAGGUCUGUGGACACCAUCACUGCAGCAUCUACCUGGUGAGGUCCUCAGGCACCCAGCCCUAUCUCCUCAUUCUUCCCUUUCCAAUUUCUCAUGCCCAAGGCCGUCCCUCCCUCCCCUUUACAUGCCACUUCCUCAUUCCUUUAUUCAAACAUCUGCACGACAGGACCACCCCGCAAUACCAAUACGCUGCGCCCUCCACCCGCCAGGCUGGCCCCUUCCCUCCAUCCACCAAACUAGCGGGGCCCUCCGGACGCACAGCGAGACGCCCCUCACCCAGAGGCCCCUCCCUCUCGCCACGGAAACCCGCCCGCUCCCCCUCUCCCGACCCGCCAGCAGCCUCGGGCGGGAAGGAAGCGGGCGGUUUGCGCGCCGCGAGCGGCCCCCACCCCCUCCUUCCUCGGGCUCGGCGUCUUCACUUCCUCCCCGCCCGCCCCGCCCGCAGGAGCAUCUCGGCGCCCGGGUCCCCGGCUCCCGCUAUGGCCGACACGGACACGUACGCGGUGGUGCAGAAGCGCAGGGCGCCCCCGGGGCCCGAGGCGGGGGCGCGGGGGCGCGGCGCGGAGGAGGCGCCGCUCUACAGCCAGGUGCUGCCGCGCGCCCGGAGGCCGCAGGCGCGCGCAGAGGAGGCGCAGGGGGCGCCGCCCGGGCGCGUUCUGGCUGACCAAAGCCCCGCUGGGCCUGACGCCUACGAGGACGUGGUGGAUGGAGCUCAGACCGGUGGGCUAGGCUUCAACCUGCGCAUUGGAAGGCCUAAAGGGCCCCGGGACCCCCCUGCUGAGUGGACCCAGGUGUGAGUGCUGCACCCCUGCCUGCCUGUUGCCCCACAUGGGCACCUGGACUGCUGACGGCCAUUCUCUGCUGUGUGAAGUGUUGGGAAUGGGAAUGAUGGUCCUGGAUCAAAAUAAAAGUUUCUCAGGGUGGAAA